GUUCUUCUUCUUCUCUCUCACCACACUCCCUCACCUCACCAUGUCUUCUUCCUUCUCCAUUCGCUUCCUCGCUCCUCCAUUUCCCUCCACCUCUCGCCCCAAGUCAUGUCUCUCCGCCGCCACGCCGGCUGUGGCUCCAACCGAUGCGGCGGUGUCGAGGUUGGAGCCCAGAGUGGAGGAGAGAAAUGGGUACUGGGUUUUGAAGGAAGAGCACAGGGGUGGCAUUAAUCCGCAGGAAAAGGUGAAGCUGGAGAAAGAGCCUAUGGCCCUUUUUAUGGAAGGUGGGAUUGAUGAGUUGGCUAAGGUUUCUAUUGAAGAGCUUGAUAGCUCUAAGCUUACUAAGGAUGAUGUUGAUGUUAGGCUCAAAUGGCUUGGUCUUUUUCAUAGGAGAAAGCAUCAGUAUGGUAGAUUUAUGAUGAGGCUGAAACUUCCAAAUGGGGUGACAACGAGUGCGCAGACACGAUACUUGGCGAGUGUGAUCAGGAAGUACGGGAAAGAUGGGUGUGCUGAUGUGACCACAAGGCAGAAUUGGCAAAUUCGUGGUGUAGUGCUACCUGAUGUUCCUGAAAUUCUUAAGGGCCUUGCAGAGGUUGGCUUGACUAGUCUGCAGAGUGGUAUGGACAAUGUAAGAAACCCUGUGGGUAACCCUCUUGCAGGCAUUGACCCUGAUGAGAUUGUUGAUACCCGACCUUACACGAACUUGUUGUCCCAUUUCAUCACUGCCAAUUCACGUGGCAACCCAACCGUCUCAAACUUGCCAAGGAAGUGGAAUGUAUGCGUUGUGGGUUCUCAUGAUCUCUUUGAGCAUCCCCACAUAAAUGAUCUUGCUUACAUGCCUGCUAACAAAGAUGGUCGUUUUGGAUUCAACUUAUUGGUGGGGGGUUUCUUUAGUCCCAAGCGAUGUGCAGAGGCAAUUCCACUUGAUGCAUGGGUCUCUGCAGAAGAUGUAAUCCCAGUUUGUAAAGCAAUCCUCGAGAUGUACAGGGAUCUUGGCACCAGAGGAAACAGACAGAAAACAAGAAUGAUGUGGUUGAUUGACGAACUGGGGAUAGAAGUAUUCAGGUCAGAGGUGGAAAAAAGAAUGCCAUUAGGGCAGCAGCUGGAGAGAGCAUCCCAGGAAGAUCUGGUUCAGAAACAAUGGGAAAGAAGAGAUUACUUUGGUGCCAAUCCACAGAAACAAGAGGGCUUAAGCUAUGUUGGGAUUCACAUUCCAGUUGGUAGGAUCCAAGCAGAUGAGAUGGACGAGCUGGCCCGUCUGGCCGAUGAAUACGGCACUGGUGAACUCAGGCUCACUGUAGAGCAAAACAUAAUAAUCCCAAAUGUGGAAAACUCAAAACUCAGUGCCCUGCUCAAUGAGCCUCUCUUGAAAGAAAAGUUCUCACCUGAACCUUCCCUUCUAAUGAAAACACUGGUGGCAUGCACUGGUAGCCAAUUUUGUGGGCAAGCCAUAAUUGAGACAAAGGCGAGGGCAUUGAAGGUGACUGAAGAAGUGGAGAGACUAGUGGCAGUGACUAGGCCUGUGAGAAUGCACUGGACUGGGUGUCCCAACACCUGCGGGCAAGUGCAGGUUGCUGAUAUUGGUUUCAUGGGGUGCAUGGCCAGAGAUGAGAAUGGUAAGCCUGGUGAAGGUGUGGAUAUUUUCCUGGGAGGGAGGAUAGGAAGUGAUUCACACUUAGCUGAGGUUUAUAAGAAGGCUGUUCCUUGCAAGGACUUGGUGCCCAUAGUGGCAGACAUACUAGUAAAACAUUUUGGAGCUGUCCAGAGGAAUAGAGAAGAAGGAGAUGAUUAAGUUAUUUAGGUUUAACUUUUGAAAUUAAACCUUCUGUUGUAUCUAUGACAAAAUAUCAUUUUCUUGUCCAAAAUUUAUAAUAGUAGUAAGGGUGAUCAAGUGAGAUAUACCACAUGUGCCAAUGGGGAAAAAAAGUCGGAUAUGAAAGUUGUAAUCUUACAUGAGUGGUUUUGAAAUUACAUGACACAUUUUUAUUGAUCGGACGGAAAAGAAGAUCCAAACAAAUGUGUAAGAAAUUUUUCUUAGUUUCUAAUUUCCACUUUCUAUUCAUAAAUAAAUGUGUAAGCUAUGGUUCUUACUUUGUGA